CCGUGGCUGACUGUCAGAUCGAAAGGGUCACAAGAUCGUAGGGGUGGUAAGAUUCUGGCGUUGGCUGCGCGUCGGCCAUCCACACAUCUCGCAAUACAACGCAGCGUCGCUGUGCCUCUGUGCGGGCCUGUGUGUUUCAAUAGCCUUGUUGCAGGCACGCCGUCACGCCGUCACGCCGUCACACACGGCUGUCUGCGUCAAGAGUCCACCGGGGCCCUCGCCGCUCAUAUCAUCACCGCCGACCCUCGCCGCUCCUGUUGCUCGAUCCUUCCUGCCGCCCAUGUAUGGGUUUGAAGCAUACGCUCUACCAUGGACAGCGAGGAUGGCAAGCUAUUCGUAAAGAAUCUAGCAUACUUUGUUCGCACGCAUGAACGAGCUCUCGCGAGCGCGCUGCAAUCUCAGCGACAGAAUACGAAGAAUGGUAAAGACCAGACUACUGCUGGGGCCACGAGCAGCUCAGCUCCUUCAACGACAAUAUCCUUAGCCGAAGCGCUUUCUCGGCCGUACCUGUCGUUCUCGACAUCGAAUAUCAGACCGUCGAAGCUGACUCUGACACCCCAUCACCUCUACUACCUUCUCACCAGAUUCGAACAUGUCUUGUCAAUGGAUCCAGGAGCCAUGGAUGUGCGCUUUGAGAACCUCGACGCAGAGCCUAUAUACAUGUCUUUCCUCAACGCACCCAGAUCGCGCGGCAAGCAAUCAGAUGCAGAUUCUCUUCGGUCUGUAUCGAGCGUGCGCAGUGUGAUGUCGAGCAUGUCUUCAGUCUGGUCUAGCCUGACCGGCUCAAACAGCGCUGCAAAAGCUGAGAAACAAAAGGUACAAUACGGUGAUGAUCUCAAGUACUUGUACUCGUGCUUUACAAAGAUCCCCGCCUUGCGAUUGUCUCGCGAUGACAGGGCACGCCGCAUUGCUGGGUAUGAGGAGUUCCCUUUCGAUACCUGCGUGCCACUGUUCGUGUUCAAGAACGUAAGUUCGCUUGAGAUCUGCGAUCUUGAUUUCAGGACGUUCCAUGGUUGGGACAGGCUUGCAGAACAGCUUCGAAGCUUGAUCAUCAAGAAUGCUUCGCUGGAAGAUCCAAUGGAGCUGCUACGAGAUAUCGUCUUAGAUGAUGCAGAGAAGCGCCGGAAGCGGUCGUCCAAGACGCAAGUGCCAACCACUCCAUCCACACCAGGUCUGCCGUGGCCCCUGUCAGCAAGUCCGAAGCCGUCACCUUCGAAUAAUGCGACGCCCUUGCCGAUGCGGCGUAGCUCGGCGGCCAGCCCAAUGGCUCUGGCGAGGGGAGGGUCUUCAGACGGUAUAACCGGAAGACAAUCGAGCAAUUCUCCUCCCCGGCCCUCCACCUCGAGACAUACUUCUCUUCACAAGUCUCACGCAAAUCGCGGAGUCAUUCCAGCAUAUCGAAGGUCUUCCGGAAGCUCGGGCUCCAGUCAACAUGAAAUGUCGCCUCGACACAGUGCUUCUGACCUCUUGGCGAUGGGUAUACUGCCGUCGUCAAAAUGGCGCUUCCUUCGGCACCUCAGCGUUGCAGAAAAUGGAUUGACUCACCUCUCGGUAAGCAGCUUGGCGCCAGUGGCAAGCACUUUGCAGUCUUUGGAUCUUUCAGGCAACCUCUUUACUGAAAUUCCGGACGCGCUCGCUAGCUUGACGCAUCUACGAGCGUUGAAUUUGAGCAACUGCAUGAUAAACAGCCUCUCGUCGCUGUCCCGGAGCCCGCUCCCAGCAAUCACCACUCUCAACCUUCGAUCCAAUCGUCUCUUGUCAUUGGCCGGGAUUGAGCGUCUCUACUCGUUAGAGCGUCUUGAUUUACGCGACAACAAGUUACACGAUCCGACCGAGCUGGCACGUUUGACCGGCAUUCCGGACAUUACCGAUCUAUACGUGGUCAAGAACCCCUUCACACGAACUCACAGCAAUUAUCGGGUCGUUGUUUUCAAUCUUUUUCGAUCAUCGCCCGGACACGUCCAAGACCCUACCAUUGAUACUAUGGGGCCUCUCUACCACGAGAAGAAACAUCUUGUAGACCGUGUUCCAGAGCCAUCCAAUAAGCCUGUUGUAAAGCCGCCACCCGAAGAAGAGGAGGCUCGUCUUGUUCGAGAGGUAGCGGACGCUGGACUGGAGCCUGUUCCCAAGCCUCCGACACAGCCCUCACGACACCGCCGAUCUGCUUCUGACAUGGGCCCACUGUCCACUGUGCGACGGAAAAAGACACCUCGGCGACGAGUCGUCGAGCUUGCCCAGGCGGAUCAACGCGCCUCGAACUCAGCAGAUCUUCCCUCUGAGCCGCCAGUGCCGGAACUGACCGAGCUACCUCCCAUGCCGCACACCCCUACUACUGAGAGUGAUCAGCCUACCACUCCAGAAGCCACACCAUAUCACACUGCGCCCUCUUCACAGCUGCCUCAGACCUCGCUCGCGGUUCGUCCAAGGUUGGACACUGCGUUCGCAUCACCUACGCCACCUCCGAAGAUCCGUGAUUCAGAUGACGAUGACAACUCGCCAGUGCGGUCUCCGGAUGGUCUAGGUCCAAAUACGGAUGUGUAUCGGCAGAAGAUCGAGGCAUUGAAGAACGAAUUGGGCCCAAAUUGGCUUUCGGCCUUGAAUGAGCAGCGUCUGGAAGAACCGCAGACGCGGAACAGGUCUUUUAGCCCGGCUUCUCGGACGUCUACCUUGAGGCCUGAACACGCUGGCCGCGGUGUGAGUGUUGGCGGACGAACGCUUGGUUGAUUUUCGCUCGGAGCUUUGUGCCUUGUGAGACCUGGCGUUUCUCUCCUCGGGAUCGAACGACGAAAUUUACGUGAAAGACACGAUGGACCUUGCUCCUCAAGUAUCGAGGACUCAUGUCCAACACCACUAUGCGACUGCACUGGAUUGCAAGUCGCCUUCUCUUGGACGCAUCACGGCGGCGCGACUUGGAUAGCGUUCCUGCAUUUCUCCGCUUUGACUUUGGUUUCCUCACUUUUGCGGCAUCUUGACGACUAUUCUUCGGUGGCCAGGGAUAUCAAAACUUCCGGAUGGCAUUUGUAUCGUUCUGUUCCAUGUAGAAAAUACCCUCAUCUUUCUCGAAGCGUGGUUUGGGCAAAUAAUGCGGUUAUGUGAUUUGCGGCACAUGGGAAGCCGGCGGCAUUGGUGCUGUAGAUGUUGCUUCUGAGCACAUAGACCAGAUGAGACGAUUGUGGUGCAUUACUGAUAGCGAGGCGUUAGGCGGCGAAGAAUUCUGGGAAAUAUCUAGCGAUUGAGUGUCUUCGAUGGACCACAGGUUG